AUGAUUCUUACAUGUCACAAAAUCCGUCCGAAAAGUUUCUUCAAAUUUCUCAAACUUAAGGUUUUUGGAAGUGUUCAAAGCUUUAGAAAAGAAAAUUUUAUUGCAGUAAAACUAGGGUCGGUGGCACAAUAUGCAACGAUUGAAAAUGAAAGUGAAGGAGAAUUCGCUGUGGGAAAUUCAUAUGAUGAUCCAGAGGAAAAUGAAUAUGUUGUUGCAAGUCGUUCAGAACCGGUAAUGUUUCCAGCGAGGCGACAGCGUGAGGAUUCGAUCCAACAGAGCAAUCGUCGAUUGAUUACGAUCAAACGUUGCAGCGACGAGCGCACCGACCCAUUGCCUGCAACUGUUACAAGAAGGAUUAUACCACCGAGACGUUAUUCUCCAGAUCCAACUGAUUACAGCACGUUAAGCGUGCCAUCUGUCGAGAAAAAGGCAUGCUUCACUCCACAUCACACUGACCAAGGUUCAAUGCUGAAGAACAUUACAAAAGAAAUAAUCAGUCAUGAAGCUAUCACCCAGCAUAUAAUUGAACAAGACAAUAAUAUCGCUGAAAUGACCGAUGGCCCCGUUUUCCGUGCAAAAUUUAUCAACACUAUUGCCGAUGUUCCACUUGCUGUAUUAAUGCGUAAUGGACCGUUGGGUAUGGGUGCUUGCGAUAGACCGCCCGUAGUACGGCUUACGGGACGCUCAGCAUCCUUCUCAUUUAUCGUGGAUUUAACAACUUUUGACAUUGCAGAUCUCAUUUAUGAUGGGCUAGAUGGUUGGAGCUCACGCGGAUUGGUUUCUAAAUUUUUCUUCAACAAGGACAAAGCAAAAUGUGCUCAGGGAAAGCAUGAAUAUACAAUUCUGCGGAAAGUUUUGAUUCACCCACAUACUAUACCUUCAAGUUCUGUCCGAAAAGUGAUUUGGCAUGUGAUAAAAGGCAAUGAAUUUUGCAGAUACGCAUUAAUUUCCUACAAUAUUACCAAUGAUGCGGUGCUAGAUAACCGAGCUUUCGUACUGCAUCGCGAUAAAAUUGUCGAAACAGAAAGUACAGGCGGUGAUUGCUCCAGAAUACAAAGAGCUGACGAUAUAUCUGUGCAUACUGCUAACCAAAACGUCACUACUUCGGAUGAACUGAUGUGUGAGGGUGAAGAGUAUGGCGAUGACAUUGAGUUUUACUUCGCGGGAGGAGCGGAAAGUCUCAAGCGACAAAUGGAGGAAAUUCCGGAAUUAGAUGCACAAGGACUCUGCAUGAUCACGGAUGCACCGGUAUUCAUGCAGAAAUUUGUUGGGACACUGGCAGAUGCACCAUUAGAAUUACUGAUACAAGAGGACGAGUUGGAUGCAUCUAUACCGGUAUGUACAUAUGUUCCUAAAAUCAAUCUUUAUGGGGCAGCAGCUUGUCUCACUUUCUUAAUUGAUACGAAAUGUUUUCCUGUAUCAGAUAUCAGCGCGGAUAACCUUGGUCAAUGGAACGCUAAAGAUGGACGUCGGAUGAGUGUUCGUAAGUUCUACUACCAAUCAAAAAGUAAACCAGAUGGAGUAGAGCAAGAAUAUUGUGUAGUUCGACGACGUUAUCUUCAUCCUCACUGUAUCCCAAAUAAUUCGAUACGGAAAGUGAUUUGGCUAAUCAAAAAAGGUGAUGAAUAUUGUCGGUACUCAUUGGUUUCAUACUAUAUCGAAGCAGACGCUCACGUUAUGCAAAUACCUCAUGGUAAUUCACGUACUAAUCAGAAAAGUUAUAUUCGAACAUGUCCAAGUGAAGUAAAGAAGCGUCCAUGCAACAUAAAGCAGGAAGAUGGAAUUCUUACAGAUACCCCGAACGCUUCGGGAACUAUUGUGUUGCAAGAACCGGAUUUUGGAGUGGGUAAUGAAGUGGAUGUGGAAGUGGAUGAUGUUUCGGAGAACUCAGAGGUGGACGUUGAUGGUAACAGUCCGCAAGAAGCCUGCAGUUCUGUUGUUCAGGAUGCUCUCAUAUCCGAUAGCGAAAUGGUCCGCAGAAUAAGUUUGGUUACAAGAAGUAUACCAUUUAAUUGUAUAUAUAUGAAUGCCAUAACCGAAUUACCACUUGCUUUGCUUCGACGAGCAGAAAUAACACCCGAUAUUGCACCAGUAAACAAUGCAGUGCCUCAGAUUCGAUUGAUUAGUCAAGCUGUACAGAUGUCAUUCAUUGUUGAUACUUCACAGAUUCCAUACGUGGAGUGGAAUUGGGAUGGAUUGGGUGCAUGGAACACAUCACGUGGUAACCGCGUAACUUUGAGUAAAUAUUGUUAUGACACAAAUGAUAGCAGAUGUGGCACUAAAGGAUAUGCCUACUGCGUUAUCAAGAAGAAAUAUGUGCAUCCGUAUUCGGUACCACCCAGUGCUGUGCGUAAAGUUGUUUGGCUCAUCAAAGAGGCUGAUGGCACCUAUAACAGAUAUAUGCUGGUGACAUAUAAAAUCGAACGUGAUGCCGUUGUUACAAUUAAGAGAAUCCAACAGCAGGUAGCAUCAGAACAGCGAAUUCAACGAGCAUCUGUUCUUGCUGAUGAAACAAUUUAUGAUCAGAACGAAGUAAAUCACGAAAUUGCUCGAGUAACGAAAAGUCCCGUAUUCCUGAAGCAGUUUAUCAAUAAUGUUAAUGAUUUACCUUUGGAUACAUUGCUCGAGCCAGAUCAAAGUGAUCUCCCGGUAUGCGAUGCAGUUCCACAUAUAGCAGUAUUACGUGAACCGACCUGUUAUCCACUGCAGAUGACAUUUCUGAUUGAUACGGAAAAAGUAGCAAUAAGUGAUCUCAGCGUUGACAAUUUAGGGCAAUGGAAUACAACACAUGGCAGACGUAUGACCCUUCGGAAGUUUUAUUUUUCUCGUGACAGACAGCGUUGUCUUGAAGGGGGUCAUUAUUUUACAGUUAUACGGAAAACUUAUGUUCAUCCAAACAGUAUACCUGAUGGAAUGGUUCGAAAAAUAAUAUGGCAAGCCUGUACAGCUGAAGGAUAUGCCAGGUACGCGUUAAUUUCCUAUGAUAUUGGUAUUAACACUGUAGUUGAGGCCAUACCACACGGUAAUUCGAAACGCAAUACCACUGUCUAUCAACGCAAAGAGCCAAGCUUGAUUGCUGAAAUAAAACGCGAAAAGAUGAAACGAUUAAACGAAAGAAGUUCUCUAGAACCGGAAGAUGCCUUUGUAACCGUGAAGCAUGCUCGGUUGGGUUCUUAUGUUGGUGCUCCAUCAAGUGUCACCCUAUAUGAGGAUAGUAAUUAUGAAGAAGUUGAGGAUGCUUAUCCGCUAACACAUGAAGAAUUGAUGAGUCGUAUGGCACUUCCGAGUUUACGGCGCUUCACACGACCCUAUCAUAAUGACGAACCGUUCAGUGUGGUUUUCCUACUGGACCAACACGCAGGCGUUAUACAGUGUGCAUCGUGUGGUGUUGAUUUUUCACGGCAUCCGCAACCUCCGGAAGAUUUGGUUUUGGAACAUGUAGAACGCUUCUGGAAUCAACGGACCUGUACUUAUUCCACUCAGCAAAUGCAGAAGAAAUAUAUCCAUGCAAGGUUGGAAUGUGUUUUAGCGCGAUAUGAAUAUUUUACAACAUUGGAUUUCCUUGUCAUAUCUCAUGAUGUCCGAAUGCGUCUAACUAAUGUCCACCAACAGCAUCUAAGUAUUGAAUUUGGUUGUUCCUUCGAAUAA